AUGCUGUGCAUCAGGAAGCUAGCGCUCGUUGACAGAGCCGAGCCAGGGACGGUGUGGAGCUACGACCUGAAGAAGCAAUGGUACUACGGUGACCUUGUCGCCGUCCGCGUGCACGAUUCCAAUGAGAAGGUGCUUGGAUCCACGAUCCCGGAUGUCUUUGCCCCGACAUCAGAGGCAGGGCAGUCUACAGUGUGUGUUUCCUGGAUCAACGAAUACCCAGCGGAGGAGCCGAUGGCGCCUGAGAAAGCGCCCGAGGAGAGUCCUGGCGAGCCACCCGCUGGUGAAUCGCGAGGUGAGGCCGCGAUCGACGGAAGCGAUCCGCCAGAGCCUACAGCGUCCCCGGUGACGUCGGGGAGCAUGAUGAAUGGCCUCGACAAUCUGGCCACUCCGCCAGGUGGCGUGGCCGCAGGCGCCAAAUACGCUGAGCCGUGCACCGCCACAAUUUCACCGCAGCCUGAAUAUCCCGCCGGAGGUGCCGCGGAGAGUGAUCAAACUGUAACAUCUGACAAACCCACAGCUGCUGCUAAAACCGCGACGAAGACACCAGAAGAUCCGUCAGUAUUGCCGAGCUCUUUGGCGGCGGCUCCAGGCUCCCCGUUCAGCGAGGCGCCCACUGGAGAGGGAAGUGGAGCUGCCUGGGUCCCGGUAUCCGUGGCACCGGUGGCACGCAAGCCCAGAUUUAGCGGCUGCACGCCGAUCAGCAUUGCUCAGGCGCCAAGGGGUGUUCUCCACUUUCAGGUCAUCACGGUGUUCGGCACAAAGGUGGCCGUGGGAGGGGCGAAUGUGCAGUCAAUCCUGGAGGCUGACACGUCGGAAUCACCCCAUGUCCAGCACUACGCUGUGCUCAUCACCCCAGCCAACACAAAUGCGGAGAGUGCCAGUACGAUUCACGCGGUGCUGGAAUUCAGCGUUGUCGUCGGGACAACAGAUAUUGCUACCGUAGUUUCUUUAGCUGCCAGCGCCUCGUACGCACCGAUGCCCACGCCUCUCCGUGCCGGUAGCACUUGUGCUUUUUCGACCCACACCUUCUACUUUCCCUCCAAGUUUCUCUCUGGGAACGGCGUCUACAUUGUGACGAAUGUGCUGUGCGCGGAGAGCUUAUCGGACAACACCGUGUACUUGGAGUUCGCCUUACCAGAGGACUUGAAACGGAUGCAUGUGCUGCCAGAGAAGAAGGCUGUCCUCAAAGAGCGCGGCGAGCGCGCCUACUUUACGUGCACUUGGGAUGUGCUUAGUCCCUACGUGGGCACCGCUAACGGCAAGGACUCGCAGCUUACAUCGGCUGGGCUUCAUGUUUUGAUCCGCGACGGCGCUGAAAGCCGGGCUCCUUUUGAUAUCGAAGUGGUUGGUGAGCCUCCGUCAACAAAGAGCGUGGAUCCUUACAUGUUUUUUUUAAACCACGCCAAAGUCACUAACAACUCUUGCAAUGCGGGUGAUGAGGCCAUCUUCAUGGACAUUUUACCUAUUUCACUCGUCACUCGUGAGGUCGCGUAG